CAAGUUCACUCUCUCACCCCAUGCAAAACUAAAAAUUGUAUGUGAAUUUGAGGUAUCUGAGUGUUGGAAGAUGGGUAGGCCUCCUUGUUGCAGUGAAAGUAGCGAUUUGAAGAAGGGACCAUGGACGCCAGAAGAAGAUGAAGUUCUUACGACUUACAUUCAGAAACAUGGCCAUGAAAGUUGGCGAGCACUACCUAAGCGUGCUGGUUUGAAUAGGUGUGGAAAGAGUUGCAGGUUGAGAUGGAUUAACUAUCUUAGACCCGAUAUCAAGAGAGGAAACUUUUCAGAAGAUGAAGAAAUUCUCAUCAUUAACCUCCAUUCCACUCUUGGAAACAAAUGGUCUAGAAUUGCUUCGCAACUUCCGGGGAGGACCGAUAAUGAAAUCAAGAAUUUCUGGAAUACCCAUGUCAGGAAGAAGCUUCUCAAGGCAGGAAUCGACCCAAAAACACAUCAACCGGUUCCUAAUAUAACUUUUCUUCUUGACACAAUUUCCAAGUUAAACCUUCCAUUAAAGGUCCCGGCUAUAAUGAGUCCAUGGAUCAACAAUAUAAAUGAUCAAUUGUUGAACAAUUUAUUGCAAUUUGUAAACAUGACCCCCCUACCAAAACCAACUUUCUUGGAUUCACAGUGUUAUAUGGAAGAAAUGGUUAAUCAGUAUGCGAUAAAUCGUUCUGAAGAUUGGAUGGAGUAUGUAAACAACGUUUCUUUGGAACCACAGAGUGAAUGUGAUUCCAUUGGUGCAAGCUUGAUGGGAAGCUACGGAAAUGGAACUGAGAUUCCUGAAUUGUUUACUGAUCUUAAAAGCAUGAGCCAUAACUUGUUUAUGGAGAAUCAGCUUCCUGGUAUGUCUCCUGAAGAGCCCAUGAACCUCAAGAAUUCACUAGAAUCUAACGCGUUUGAAACUGGAUUUGAUGAUUAUUAUGAAUCUCUUUUGAAGAUUUAGCAAUAUAGAGUACACCGCAUUCUUGUAUUAUGGUUCAAUAAGGUUGGAAACGAUUCCAUUAAUGUUUGAUAAUUCCAGUCAAUUAAGUUUGUAUUAAUUCAUUCAAUACAUUUCGAGCAAUGUACAUACGAUUAUACAUGUAUAAGUUGAUGCUUAUGUUGUUAUGUGCUAGUAGUGAUGACCUUGACAUAUGUAACGAGAGAAGUAGAUCAGGUUAGAUGAAAUGGUAAAAGAUCAGUUGCUUGUAAACCAUAAAUGUGUUUGUUGAG